GUCGCCUGGGACCGAGGAGGCCGCCUCGGUGAGCGGGUGGGAAGAGGCGAGGCGAUGCAAAGGCGGAGGCAGGAGGCGAGCGGCUGGGAGGCGGCGGCCCCGCCGCUCUGAGCGCCCCCUCCUCUGCAGACAACGCGCCCCCGGCCGCCGCCCGGCUGCUCAGCCCUCGCCAACAGCCAGCCAGCCAUCCACCCCCUGCCGGGCUCCGGGCGCUUCUUCCCCGGCCGGCCAACAGCUCCUCCCCGCCUGCCGGAGGCUCAAGAUGGCUUGGGCUGCCUGGUGCCUCCUGCUCGCCGGCUGCUGCCUCCCGGCCGCCUGGGCCACCGCCGCCGCCGCCGCCUCGUCCUCCUCCUCGUCGUCGUCGUCGUCCGGGCCGGCCGAAGCGGAGCGGGACCCGUCCAAGGAGGCGGACUGCAAGCUGAAGAGCAUCACGGUGUCGGCGCUGCCCUUCCUGCGCGAGAACGACCUGAGCAUCAUGCACAGCCCGUCGGCCUCGGAGCCCAAGCUGCUCUUCUCGGUGCGCAACGACUUCCCCGGCGAGAUGGUGGUGGUCGACGACCUGGAGAACACCGAGCUGCCCUACUUCGUGCUGGAGAUUUCAGGCAACACAGAAGACAUCCCAUUGGUGCGCUGGAGACAGCAAUGGCUGGAAAAUGGCACCUUGCUCUUCCAUAUUCACCACCAAGAUGGCCCACCCAAUCUUCCUGGCUUGGAACCCACGGAAGAGCCUCAGAGUGAGUCAGCAGAAGAAGAACUAAGGAUCCUUCACAUCUCUGUAAUGGGGGGCAUGAUAGCCUUGCUGCUUUCUAUCCUCUGCCUGGUGAUGAUCCUCUACACUCGACGGCGUUGGUGCAAACGCCGUCGGGUGCCACAGCCCCAGAAGAGCGCCAGUGCGGAGGCAGCAAACGAGAUCCACUACAUUCCCUCCGUGCUGAUUGGGGGCCACGGCCGGGAAAGCCUGCGGAAUGCCCGGGUGCAAGGCCACAACUCCAGCGGGACCCUCAGCAUCCGGGAGACCCCGAUCUUAGAUGGCUAUGAAUACGACAUCACUGACUUGCGUCACCACCUGCAACGGGAAUGCAUGAACGGUGGCGAGGACUUUGCCAGCCAGGUCACCAGAACCCUGGACUCCCUGCAGGGCUGCAAUGAGAAAUCAAGCAUGGAUCUUACACCAGUUUUUGCCUUAAAUUCUUCCUGUUCAGGAAGUGACAAUGCCAAGCUGUCCUUGAUGAACAAGUACAAGGAUAAUAUCAUCGCCACCAGCCCUGUGGACUCCAACCACCAGCAGGCCACGCUGCUGUCUCACACCUCUAGCAGCCAGCGCAAGCGGAUGAGUAACAAAUCACGAGCCGGCUCUGCGUUUCUGAACCCUGAGGGAGAUUCUGGGACUGAAGCAGACAAUGACCCUCAGCUGACUUUUUACACGGACCCGUCACGGAGCAGGCGGCGAAGCAGGGUUGGCUCGCCAAGGAGUCCAGUGAGCAAGACCACCCUGACCCUCAUUAGCAUCACUAGCUGCGUCAUUGGCCUGGUGUGCGCUUCCCACGUGAAUUGCCCGCUGGUGGUCAAGAUAACGUUGCACGUCCCAGAGCACCUCAUCGCUGACGGCAGCCGAUUUAUCCUGCUGGAGGGCAGCCAGUUAGAUGCCAGCGACUGGCUCAAUCCUGCCCAGGUGGUCCUCUUCUCCCAGCAAAACUCCAGCGGCCCCUGGGCCUUAGACCUGUGUGCCCGACGACUUCUUGACCCCUGCGAACAUGAGUGCGACCCAGAAACCGGUGAGUGCCUGUGCUAUGAAGGUUACAUGAAGGACCCUGUGCACAAACACCUCUGCAUCAGGAACGAGUGGGGCACAAAUCAAGGGCCGUGGCCAUACACCAUAUUCCAGCGUGGGUUUGAUUUGGUGUUAGGUGAACAACCUUCUGACAAGAUAUUCAGAUUCACAUACACUCUUGGAGAAGGGAUGUGGCUACCCCUGAGCAAGAGCUUUGUGAUCCCCCCUGCUGAGCUGGCCAUCAACCCAUCAGCCAAGUGCAAGACAGACAUGACUGUGAUGGAAGAUGCCGUGGAGGUCAGGGAAGAACUGAUGACUUCCUCCUCCUUUGACAGCCUGGAGGUUCUUCUGGAUUCCUUUGGACCUGUUCGGGAUUGCACCAAGGACAAUGGAGGCUGCAGUAAAAAUUUCCGCUGCAUUGCAGAUAGGAAACUGGAUUCUUCUGGUUGCAUGUGCCCCACCGGCCUCAGUCCCACGAAAGACGGCACAGGCUGUUACGAUCGCCACAUCGGUGUGGAUUGCUCUGAUGGAUUCAAUGGCGGCUGUGAACAACUCUGUCUGCAGCAGAUGGUGCCUCUGCCUGAAGACCCUACUCUGUAUAAUAUCCUCAUGUUCUGUGGGUGCAUCGAGGAUUACAAACUUGGUGUGGAUGGGCGAUCGUGCCAGUUGAUUUCCGAGUCCUGUCCAGAGGGCAAGGACUGUGAAGACAGCCGAGAGCUACCGAUGAACCAGACUCUCUUUGGGGAGAUGUUUUAUGGUUACAACAACCAAACCCAUGAGGUAGCACCUGGCCAGGUGCUGAAGGGGACGUUUAGGCAGAAUAACUUUGCCCGUGGUUUGGAUCAGCAGCUUCCAGAUGGGCUGGUGUUGGCCACUGUCCCGCUCGACAACCAGUGUCAAGAGGAACUUUCGGAGCCCACUCCUGAUCCGGAUUUCUUAACCGGGAUGGUGAACUUCAGCGAAGUGUCUGGAUACCCUCUACUGCAACACUGGAAAGUGCGCUCUGUCAUGUACCACGUCAGGCUCAGCCAGCUGACUAUCUCCCAGUCUUUUGGCAAUGCUCUCCAUUCUCUGGAUGGAGCCACGUCUCGAGCAGAUUUCGUGGCUCUGCUGGACCAGUUUGGCAACCACUACAUCCAGGAAGCAGUCUACGGCUUUGAGGAGUCCUGCUCCAUCUGGUAUCCCAACAAGCAGGUUCAAAGGCAGCUCUGGUUGGAAUAUGAAGAUAUCAGCAAAGGUAAUUCCCCCUCGGAUGAGUCUGAGGAGCGAGAGAGAGACCCCCGGGUCCUUACUUUUCCGGAGUACAUUGCCAGUCUAUCAGAAUCGGGCACUAAACGUAUGGCAGCUGGCGUGCGCAUGGAGUGCCAAAGCAGGGGCCGUUGCCCUUCUUCUUGCCCCUUGUGCCAUGUGACCUCCAGCCCCGAGUCUCCUACUGAACCCAUCCUCCUUGAGGUCACCAAAGCAGCACCCCUCUACGAGCUGGUCACCAACAAUCAAACUCAGAGGCUCUUGCAAGAGGCUACCAUGAGUUCCCUGUGGUGCUCGGGCAGUGGGGAUGUUAUCGAGGACUGGUGUCGCUGUGAUUCAAGUGCCUUUGGUGCCGAUGGCCUCCCGGCCUGUGCCCCCCUCCCACAUCCCGUGCUGAGGUUGUCCACUGUUCAUGAGCCCAGCAGCUCAUUGGUGGUGGUGGAGUGGGAGCACUCAGAGCCCCCUAUUGGGGUGCAGAUUGUAGAUUACCUCAUCCGCCAGGAGAAGGUCACUGACCGCUUGGACCAUUCCAAGGUGGAAACUGAGACAGUUCUGAGCUUUGUGGAUGACAUCAUCUCCGGGGCCAAGUCGCCCUGCGCAAUGCCAGCGCAGGUGCCUGACAAGCUCUCCCUGACCAUCUCCUUGAUCAUUCGCUGCUUGGAACCAGACACCACCUACAUGUUCACACUCUGGGGUGUAGACAACACGGGCAGACGUUCCCGCUCAAGUGAUGUGACGGUGAAGACCCCUUGUCCAGUGGUGGAUGAUGUGAAGGCCCAAGAAAUAGCAGACAAGAUCUACAACCUCUUUAAUGGCUACACUAGUGGGAAGGAACAGCAAACUGCCUACAACACACUGCUGGAUUUGGGCUCACCAAGUCUGCACCGGGUCCUCUAUCACUACAACCAACACUAUGAGAGCUUUGGGGAGUUCACCUGGAGAUGUGAAGAUGAACUUGGGCCCAGAAAAGCCGGUCUCAUCCUCUCUCAGCUGGGAGACCUGAGUGCCUGGUGCCACGGCCUGUUGCAGGAGCCCAAGAUUGGCCUCCAGCGCGCCGCUCUCAAAUUCCUCGCCUGCCGCUACAGUGAGAUCAAGCCGUACGGGUUCAGCUGGUCAGACCUGAGCCGGGACCUCAAGAAGACAUGCGAGGAGCAAACCCUGAGUGUCCUCUACAAUGACUACGGGGACAAAGACAACUGAGGGGGCUUACUGAAAGAAAAAAGGAAGCCCUGGAGAUUUCCUCAGAGUUGGGGAUGGGAGUUUGUAGGUGUGGGAUGGGUGGGGUUUUAUACAUGGAUCUUUGGGGCCUUGGCAAGAUCGCUAAAAACGCCCAUGAAAGAAGAUGGUGUUCUUUGUAUUGGAUAACCCAAUUGGUCCAGUAGCCUUCUACAGUUUGUGGGGUCCAGGGGGGGGUGCUGUUUGUUAACGGGGGCAGGGAGUGCUGUGUCAAUGUUGCCAAGACGCUUUAGUGCGGAGAGGCACAGGUGCAUUUGCGCCUGUGUGAGUGUGUGUGUAUGUGUGAAGAAACUCAUCCUAAAUCUAGAAUGGGGUGUAAGAAUGGCAAGCUGCUAUCCCCCACAGACCCAGAUAAAAAUGAAAAAUAAGAAUCCUUAACAGCAACGAAACAAGAAAAUGCUCCUUUGGGAAUUAAACAAUUCUGCAACAGGAAAAGAGCAAAAGAGGCAGGUCCAGAGGAAGUGGUAAAGAUAGUCUGUGUGAGCUAAAUAUCUAAAUUCUUACAGAAAAGGUCUCAUAUGUUGUUACAGUGUCAGCUUCUUUCUGUCUGCACAUGUUCCAUCCCUUUUUCAUGCUUCUGCAGACAGACUCUCUAGAAGAACACUGGGACUAGACGCCCCUUUCCCCCUCCGUCCAUUCUCUAUGGCCUGUGUCUCAAAUUUACCACCUUGAGGUAUGUCAGAAUCUACUGCAACAGUGCAGGGGCCCACAGAGUGGCAGGAUCCACAGUGUGGUCUAGGACCUGCUCUGUUGCAAAGACUGCAGAGUGCUGAAGGGUCAGAAGCCUCAUCCGCCUCACCUGACAAAACCGAAUUCUGUCACCUGCUAGUUCAAGCGGAAUAAAUCACACAAGUCUUAUUUUGGUGAGUUGGUCACGUCCACUAAGCACUCUUAGGUUUUCUUAAAUGCACAACCUGAAAGCGAAGGUUGGGCUGUCUUGUUCAAGACACUGCCAGCCAGCCUCUGUCAGCUGGCGUGACGAGUUAAUAACAGAUGGUGAAGAACAGAUGCAAAGAAAGACGUUGAUUGGGGUCAGCAUAUGGAAGCAGGUGAGCUGGGAUGAGGGCCCAUAGCACUGGACAGGGAGGAGGGAGAAAGUUCUCUUCUGUCACUGUAAGGGAUUUCCUAUCUUCUUGUUACGUCUCAGCAAAGGAGGUCCACGUGCACAAAUAGCACAGAGGUGGGUGUACUUCUGGAUAUGCAUCAAGAUCUGGCUCACAGUGGUCAUUUGGGCUCUGCUGAAGUAGCUGACUGUCUAGGUACGUCUGUGGCAAACACAGGACAGGCAAGGUGCCACAGGACAGGCAAGGUGGAAUUUAACCUGUUGACCCAAGUUACCAGACCUUAGUGAGGAGUUCAGCUUUCCAGCUCCCCCUCCACACACACACACACAACAGAAAUACUGCUUCUUUUACUGCUAUCACAGCCAAACACUUGUUCUGGAAAGGAAACUAUCCCUGGGCGUUUCCCCACUUACCUCGACCACCCUUUGCUGCGCGCUACUCUCAGCGCACGUCAUCUCUGGCGCACUCCUGAGCUUCCCCACAACCCCACGCUCUGCGCGGGGUC